CGAUAUGUGACUUAUGAUUGGGUCGUUAGAUUACAAUAUGUGGAAGUCGAGUUGAUGAUGUUCACCACACUAUCGAAGCUACGACCGUACAGAAAUUGUUACAAUACCGAGAAAAUAAUUUCCAUUACAGAUAAUAGGCAUUGAGGCAUAUACACUAUAUUUAUGUGUUCAAUAUAUCACAGUUACAGUGCAUUCGGACAGAGACAUAGACAUAUUCAUGUUGUUUUCGAUUCCGAUUGAAUUGUUCAACGAAAUAAAGAAUAAAAAAUCGCCACUUAAAUAACAAUCAAGAUGUCAUUGACUCUUAGCAUAAACUCCGACAUAAAAAUGGUAAUUGUUAUAAUGCGAAUACAUCCUAUUCAGAAAGAUAUUCAGGAUAACUAAAGCUGUUUCCGCAUUGUGUGAAAUUGUUUUAAAACAUCGAUCACAAACACACAGCAAAAUGUUCAAUGUGUCUUUCAACGAUGCGGACUUAGAGUCCGAUGGAUCGGCUGCUGAGACGUACGUCGUGAUGGGGAUGUUGAUCUUCUUGUCGGUUGUAGGGACAUCUGGGAACAUUAUUGUCAUCCGGGUGUUUUCUACUGGAAAAGACCACUUGACAUCAGUCUUCUUCAUAUUGGUUCUUGCCGUCACUGACCUAUUUACAUGCGUUGUCAUUAUGCCAUUUACUGUAUACAUGGAAUAUGUGAAAUACAAUACUGAUUCUGACUUUAUCUGUAAGUUUUACCAUAUGGUGAUCACAUCCAACAUUCCGUUUUCUGCAUUCAUCAUGGCUGCUAUAUCUGUCGAUCGCUAUCUGUGCAUCUGUCAGCCUUUUACGAAGUACAUGACGACAUUCAAAGCUAAAGUAGUGACUGGAUGUCUUGCAGUAUUGUCACUGGCCCUCAGUAUUAUUCCCGUCUUGAGUGAAAGCGUUUACCACUUAGAGUAUGCAAACACUACGGACAACAAACCUCACAAAACGCCGUAUAAUGGUUCCCUACAUGACCAUACUUCACCAACCACUGAGUCGUUUCUGACAAGCACAGGAAAAGUACGUAAUAGCUCUCAUGUGGGUCAAAGAAAAUUGGUAUUAAAUAACGUAGGUCAUUGUAAUGUUACAUCUCUUAUUGUACCGACAGAUGUUAGAAUAGCCUAUAGAAAACUAUAUACAGCUAUAUUUCUUGCUUCCGUAUUAGUUGUCCUUAUUAUGUAUAUUAUGAUUUACGUUUUCAUUGUCCGGCGACGAAGCCGAUAUAGUGCGAACCGUCCUAGCACUUUGGAAAGCACCUCGUAUGGAAAACGUAAGGGUUCUAAAGCAACGGUUGACACUACAACUAAGAAUGGUGACGAUAUAACCGCGGAAAAUGAACAAGAACAAAAAUUGAUUGACUCUAAAAUUAGUAGUACACAUGCGAGUCCAGAUGAUCAAUCCAAAAAAUUAAGUGGAAAUAGAAAUACAAGCCCUGGCAAAGGCACCGGUGAGGUACUUAAAGAAAAAACAUAUAAACCACAUUUAUCAAAUGGGAGGCAUGUGUCUAUUGCAUUACCGAUGGUAGUGAACAACACCGUUUCUCAUCAAUUUAGUGUGGAAGAUGAUAGACCAACAGUUUGUAUAUCAUGUAUGCCAAUGGACAGACAUACGCGAGCCAACAUUAAACUGGCUAUUAUGUUAUUUGUUGUUGUAGUUGUAUUCCUUAUCUUCUACAUCCCCGCUUUUAUGAUGAGCCUUUUCAUUAUAGAUAUUAAUAAGGUCGUGUUUUACAUGUAUUUUGCUCAUAAUGUGGCAAAUCCUAUCAUUUAUGCUUACAUGAACACUAACUUCCGAGAUGAAGCUAGACGUCUAUUUGCAUCGCGUUGUCAAAACAGUCGCCAACAAAGGUUUUAGGAAUGAGAAUGUUGUUUUCACUCUUAAUGCUUGACAAAAACAAAGGCAUGGUAUGAUGAUCGUGCUCAUCAAGACUAUUUUCGUGAAGACAAAGCUAUCAUGUAACAUUGCGAUUACGAUUGACAGGGUUUCUCAAACUUUCACUUUGGAUUUCGAGGAGGAAUUCGAAUUGUUCUAUGACCAAAUUCGCCCAAACUUGUUUAGGCAUGAACAGGCUUGCACGGACAGUUUCGUGUGUCUUGGCGUGUCCUUUCUUGCCUAAGCAUGAUUUGCCAAUACACAUACGUAUACUCAGGUAUGAUCAACCUUCGCCAUGAUAGUUAAUUCGGAAUGACAACGCUCAGAGGUAUGACCGAUCUUUCAUUCGUUGUUAUUACAUGAUUAAGUUUGACAAUUUCGCCCAGUAUGUUUGUCAAAAACCUUGGCCUAAAGGGGAAUUAUUUUAAAUAUGUCGAACUAGUCGCUAAAUUUGUCAAAGCAUCGUGGAACAUUCCAGCGCAAGUUUUACUGUUUGAAGACCUUUUCAUGAAAGUUAUUAAUUCAUGAUCAAAGAUGUACCCUACUUAGAACUUUUUCAUAUUCGCAAAAUUGCAGACAGAUCCAUUGAAGGGGAAAGAUUGUGAAAACAGAAAUGUAAAUCAUACCAAUGAGGUUUCGAUAGGUCGUAACUCACACAGAUAUGAUUAAGAAUGGCACUGAGAUUAUAAUUAGCCAUGCAUUACCGUUGAAUUAUGAUAUUUUAAUUGAGAAACAUUGCAAUGAAUUCAUUCAUUUAUUUCCAAAGGUUGUCAUUGAGAUGCCUAUCAUCAAAAAUAUCGUAAUUGUAAUUACCCUCUGGAGUAUUUUGUCUAAAAACAAGGUCGUUUUGGAAGAAAGGAUUUGUGAUCGUUUAAACUAACACUUUGCUUGGGUAUUAAAGAAGAUAUCAUAUAUGAUAUAUUAAUGUCAAUCAUAUACUGCAUUAUCAUUUUAGAUUAAGAGGAACAUUAAGCUAAUUGGAUAUAGUGCAACAAAUAUAAUAGUUAUACAUACCACCUACGUGGUAGAAUGUUACAUUGCUACGGACAUGCUUAAUUAACCGUAAGCAAAAAAACUAUGCUGUUAGUUGCAGAUGUACAACAAAGCUACUUUCAAUGAUUAUAAAUGAUGUAUUAUAAGUAUCAUUAGCUCUUGAAGUACUUGGACAGAAUAUGGUAUACGAUAUGAGCAUGCAAGUAGCAUUCGAGUGGUUGUACCUUAGAUUAUUCAUCUUAUUUAUCUACAUCUUUAUAAUGGGGUUAAAUCAAGAUAUGCAUGGAUGCACAUCCAAGGUCUUUUCUAGAAUGCUGUAGUAUUUAGCUGAUUGGCCUUGCGUUGAAAUGUCGUAAAUCAAAACUGCUCAUUUCUAAAGAGACUGGCAUUUGUCAUACUCUUAAGUGUGCAUUUGUUUAAGUGGGAUUAGUGGGGACUCUUCAGACCAAACGUUCCGGGGCACUUAUUAGAUAAUAAAGGUUAAUAUGACUAUUGAACAAUGCCCAGGAAUAUAAGCCGGGAGAUUUCUACUUAACAAAUACACACUUGGAUCACACUUAAUUGGAGUAAAUGUUGAUACUUUUUAGUCAAGUAAUAAAAAUGGGGAAUGUUCAUUACGAACUUGGUAGGGGCGGAUAUGAUGUGAAAUCCGUGUGACAAGAAUUCCGCCCACGUAGAAUAUUGUACACGGCCAGUUAAGUGUGUUUGAAUAUUUUUGACGAUAUUUCCAUAUAUUGUAUCAUUGUUCGUGAUGUACAUGUACUGCAAGACGUAUAUAAAUACCAUUAUUCUGUGUUGUUGACGUAUAUCUACACACACAUACCCAUCUGUCUUAUUGUAUUAUUCUCGGUGGUAUACAUAUACUGUAACUCAUAUAUUUUUAUUUUCAUUGUCGAGGAAGCAUACAUGUACUUACACACACGAUAUUCUGUCACCGUUGAUGACAUGAUGACGUACAUGGACUACCAUAUGCAGUAUGUCAUUGUUGGUAAUGUAUAGGUACUGACAUACAUACAAUUGUUCCAUUGUUUUUAUGACAAACAUACGUCCCAAGUCAUAUUCUGUCACUGUUGAUG